CACGCCGAUUGGUGGAUGGAGUGGGUACACACCAGGGCGGGACCGCUGAUUGGCUGUUCCUUCAGAGGGGGCGGGGCGGUUGCGGCUGCAGCGACCGGUCGCUCUGCUCCUCCCGGCGGCGUCGACGUUGGUGACGGUCCCUGGCCCUCUGCUCCUCCCAGCCGUCAGUCCCUCCCACCUCUUGGCAGCAGCGGCGGCGGCGGCAGUUCCCCGCUCCUAGAUCUUCCCGGCGGCGGCGACGACGUUCGGGUCGCCAUGGACUUCAACGUGAAGAAGUUGGCGGCGGACGCGGGCACUUUCCUCAGCCGCGCCGUUCAGUUUACAGAGGAGAAGUUUGGUCAAGCUGAGAAGACAGAGUUGGAUGCCCAUCUGGAGAAUCUGCUGAGCAAAGCAGAAAGUACCAAAUUAUGGACUGAAAAAAUAAUGAAGCAGACCGAAGUGUUGCUGCAGCCAAACCCAAAUACCAGAAUAGAAGAAUUUGUAUAUGAAAAACUGGAUCGGAAAGUGCCUUCUCGAAUAAAUAAUAGUGAACAGUUAGGCCAGUAUAUGCUUGAUGCUGGAAAUGAAUUUGGCCCUGGAACUGCAUAUGGCAGUGCUCUCAUUAAAUGUGGAGAAAAUGAAAACCGAAUUGGUGCUGCAGAGAGGGAACUAAUACACACAGCAGCGGUUAAUUUUUUGUCACCCCUUAGGAACUUCCUGGAAGGAGACUACAAAACAAUAUCAAAAGAACGCAAGCUCUUGCAGAAUAAAAGACUGGAUUUAGAUGCGGCGAAAGCAAGACUGAGGAAGGCAAAAGUCUCAGAGUCCCGUUCGGCUCAACUAAACGCUACUCAGGCUGAAGGAGACAACCUUAUGCUUUGGGCAGAGGAGGUGACAAAUGCUGAGCAGGAAGUGCGAAUCACACAGAGCGACUUUGACCGCCAGGCUGAGAUCACAAGACUUUUGCUUGAGGGGAUCAGCAGUACACAUGCACACCACCUUCGCUGCUUGCACGAGUAUGUCGAUGCCCAAGUGACCUACUAUGCACAAUGCUAUCAGUAUAUGGUUGAUUUGCAAAAGCAGCUUGGAAGUUUUCCGACCUCGUUCACUUCCAACAACAAUCAGAUUGCCUCAGCGCCAGUUUCAUCCAACACCGUGCCACCAUUUUCUGCAUCUUCAGUCCCACUAUCCACGUUAAACAAUCCAAUCGCUGCCACUGGUACCACAGACUAUAAGAUGUCGUCUAGUGGCACAAGAAAAGCUCGUGUUCUCUACGAUUAUGAUGCUGCAGACAGCAGUGAGUUGUCGCUUUUAGCUGAUGAGGUGAUAACCGUAUACAGCCUGCCCGGUAUGGAUUCUGACUGGUUGAUGAGUGAAAGGGGGAAUCAGAAAGGAAAAGUGCCCAUUACAUACUUGGAGCUGCUAAACUGAACAUAUUGAUCUGAAAAUAUUGGUUGUAAUCGCAAUAUUUAAUUGCAGCCAACUUUGUAUAAAGCAAUUCAUGAAAUGUCUUCCACACAUGUUGUCCCUGAAAUGUUUGGGACCAUAUGAGUUACAUGUAUGACUAAACAUGUGUGUCCGUUACUGCACUCAUCCAAGCCAAUGUAUAACUCCCUUGCUUUUGAAAACUUUUAAUAUUUUUGUGCCAUGAAUGUUAUUUGCUAAGAAAUAUCUGCUUCAUUUUCUAUUUAAUAUUUCAUUCUUGCAUAUAUUAGUGAUUGGAAAAGCAUUUCUUUAUUAAACCAACUUGAAUACAACAUCUCUGUAUUUCUAAAACUUAUUACCAGAAACAUGGAAUUUAGCUUUAAAAAAAAAUUACAUGUGCUUGACUAAAUGUUAAAAGUGAUGUACAGCAUCGCCGAAAUAAAACAAAGUGUCAAAA